AAUAGCAGCAGAGCCGGAGCUGGAGCCGGCGCCAGCGGCUGGAGCAGCAAGGAAGUCAGGGCCAGGGCCGGAGCACUGAAGACAGGAGCCCCCCAACAGAGAACCCAGUAACAUGUCGGACCCUGAGAUGGGAUGGGUGCCUGAGCCCCCAGCCAUGACACUGGGGGCCUCUCGAGUGGAGCUGCGGGUGUCCUGCCAUGGCCUCUUGGACCGAGACACGCUCACCAAGCCCCACCCCUGCGUGCUGCUCAAGCUCUUCUCUGAUGAGCAGUGGGUGGAGGUGGAACGCACAGAGGUGCUUCGCUCCUGCUCUAACCCUGUCUUCUCCCGGGUGCUGGCCCUCGAGUACUUUUUUGAAGAGAAACAGCCCCUGCAAUUCCACGUGUUUGAUGCUGAGGAUGGAGCCACCAGCCCCAGCAAUGACACCUUCCUCGGUUCCACGGAGUGCACUUUGGGCCAAAUUGUAUCACAAACCAAGGUCACGAAGCCAUUACUAUUGAAGAAUGGGAAGACUGCGGGCAAGUCUACUAUCACGAUCGUGGCUGAGGAGGUAUCUGGUACCAAUGACUAUGUACAACUCACCUUCAGAGCUCACAAGCUGGACAACAAGGAUCUGUUCAGCAAAUCUGACCCUUUCAUGGAGAUCUAUAAGACCAAUGGGGACCAGAGCGAUCAGCUGGUCUGGAGGACUGAGGUGGUGAAAAACAACCUGAACCCCAGCUGGGAGCCAUUCCGCCUGUCCUUGCAUUCCCUGUGCAGUUGUGAUAUCCACCGGCCCCUCAAGUUCCUGGUGUACGACUAUGACUCCAGUGGGAAGCAUGACUUCAUCGGAGAGUUUACUAGCACUUUCCAGGAGAUGCAGGAAGGGACGGCAAACCCUGGUCAGGAGAUGCAGUGGGACUGUAUCAAUCCCAAGUAUCGGGAUAAGAAGAAGAAUUACAAGAGCUCAGGGACAGUAGUGCUGGCUCAGUGCACGGUGGAGAAAGUGCAUACCUUCCUGGAUUACAUCAUGGGUGGCUGCCAGAUCAGCUUCACAGUGGCUAUUGACUUCACCGCUUCCAAUGGGGACCCAAGGAGCAGCCAGUCCCUACACUGCCUCAGUCCCCGCCAACCCAACCACUAUCUUCAGGCUCUGCGCACAGUGGGAGGGAUCUGCCAGGACUAUGACAGUGAUAAGCGGUUCCCAGCUUUUGGCUUUGGGGCACGAAUCCCCCCCAACUUUGAGGUAUCCCACGACUUUGCUAUCAACUUUGACCCAGAAAAUCCUGAAUGUGAAGAGAUCUCUGGGGUCAUCGCCUCCUAUCGUCGUUGCUUGCCCCAGAUCCAGCUCUAUGGCCCCACCAACGUGGCCCCCAUCAUCAACCGUGUAGCUGGGCCAGCCCAGCGAGAGCAGAGCACUGGCCAAGCCACGAAGUACUCUGUGCUGCUGGUGCUCACUGACGGCGUGGUUAGCGACAUGGCCGAGACCCGCGCUGCCAUCGUGCGUGCUUCCCGCCUGCCCAUGUCCAUUAUUAUUGUUGGUGGUAAUGCUGACUUCUCUGACAUGCGGCUAUUGGAUGGCGACGACGGUCCCUUGCGCUGCCCCCGAGGGGUGCCCGCAGCCCGAGACAUCGUCCAGUUCGUACCGUUCAGGGACUUCAAGGAUGCGGCUCCCUCUGCGCUAGCGAAGUGCGUCCUGGCUGAGGUGCCCCGGCAGGUGGUGGAGUACUAUGCCAGUCAGGGCAUCAGCCCUGGGGCUCCCAGGCCCUGCACACCGGCCACCACCCCCAGCCCCAGCCCCUGA